GUCCAGAAAACUUGCAAAAGGCUCAUCAACCACAUUUUUCUCCCUUCUCACUAUUUGGUAUAUUAUAUUUACUGUCUUUCAGAGGGAAAUUUCUCUAAUUUUUUCAACGGGGUUGCUAUGGUUGCAGACCAUCCAUAUAAAGUAGUACAAACAAUUCUUAUUUCCCUUGAAAGGCUCUCACUGUAUUGUAAGGAAGGUAUGUAUUAUACUCACCGCACUCAACUCCGUCUCCAAGGAAACCAUCCUGACACUCACACGUAAAGCCCUCAGGUGUGUCGGUGCAAUUAGCGUCCGGGUGGCAGUUGUCUAACUCCAGUUCACAUUCAUCUAUCGCUGCAAGAGAAAGAGGGAGAGAAAGUGUGAAUAUACAUCUCUACGUGUACAGUGAGCAGUGCAGCGGUGCUCCACGUGUGAAGCUUAGCGUUCGUGAAACG